GGAGGUCCCGCGAGGCAUUGAGACCUGUGGAGGAGGAAGGAGGAGGUCACCGUCCAGCUGUCUCUCCCCUGUCCCCACAUGUCUUCUAAGCUGUUGGAGCCGGCCGGCGCUCACUUGUCUUCAGGAAGCUCGGAGCCUUUGGUGGAGCCGGGGAGAGGAAGGGUGGGUGCAAGAGUGAAAGGCGAGAGGGGACUGCAGGCAUCCGGGUCGGCUCCUGGCCGGAGCAAGAUGGCUGAGGGCGAGCGGCAGCCGCCGCCAGAUUCUUCGGAGGAGGCCCCUCCAGCCACUCAGAACUUCAUCAUUCCAAAAAAGGAGAUCCACACAGUUCCAGACAUGGGCAAAUGGAAGCGUUCUCAGGCAUACGCUGACUACAUCGGAUUCAUCCUUACCCUCAACGAAGGUGUGAAGGGGAAGAAGCUGACCUUCGAGUACAGAGUCUCUGAGGCCAUUGAGAAACUAGUCGCUCUUCUCAACACUCUGGACAGGUGGAUUGAUGAGACUCCUCCAGUGGACCAGCCCUCUCGGUUUGGGAAUAAGGCAUACAGGACCUGGUAUGCCAAACUUGAUGAGGAAGCAGAAAACUUGGUGGCCACAGUGGUCCCCACCCAUCUGGCAGCUGCUGUGCCUGAGGUGGCUGUUUACCUAAAGGAGUCAGUGGGGAACUCCACGCGCAUUGACUACGGCACAGGGCAUGAGGCAGCCUUCGCUGCUUUCCUCUGCUGUCUCUGCAAGAUUGGGGUGCUCCGGGUGGAUGACCAAAUAGCUAUUGUCUUCAAGGUGUUCAAUCGGUACCUUGAGGUUAUGCGGAAACUCCAGAAAACAUACAGGAUGGAGCCAGCCGGCAGCCAGGGAGUGUGGGGUCUGGAUGACUUCCAGUUUCUGCCCUUCAUCUGGGGCAGUUCGCAGCUGAUAGACCACCCAUACCUGGAGCCCAGACACUUUGUGGAUGAGAAGGCCGUGAAUGAGAACCACAAGGACUACAUGUUCCUGGAGUGUAUCCUGUUUAUUACCGAGAUGAAGACUGGCCCAUUUGCAGAGCACUCCAACCAGCUGUGGAACAUCAGCGCCGUCCCUUCCUGGUCCAAAGUGAACCAGGGUCUCAUCCGCAUGUAUAAGGCCGAGGUGAGUGGGGGCUGGCCAGUGUGCCCGUCCCUGCUGCCGCACUUGGUCCUGGGCUGGGGACAAAGCAAAAGAUGUGGAGCCUGGGGCUCCUGCUUCCUCCUACCCCACUGUUCUGCUCUGAAUCUUAGGCCAGCCCCUCUGACACUUGGGGCCUCAGAAUCUCCCAUCUGGGGCAUGGGCAGUCAGAGAAGCACCAGCCACCCCAGCCCCGAAAAGCUGCAGCCCAGCUCUGUCUUGAUGAGCUUGGAGGCUGAGGCAAGGACCUGCUGCAUGGGGAGUUGGGGCGAUGGGGGCCUCCCUUCUCCCUUAUCAAGUGGCCGAAGGCUCCUCAAGGCUCGGGCAGUCUGAGUCUGGCUCUCCCAUGGCAUACCUGGGAAGGGUCUUACCCUUUGGAGGCAUCUCCAAAGUGCUGCCUUCAAAUGUUAGUGUGUAUGAUCACUGAGUGGUGGGAAGUCUGAGGGUAGGCUGAGAAUUGGCAUUCUUAUGGACCGCUUCAGGGAUUUUGAUGCAAAUGGUUUUCCCUGCUCUCAAAUCGGAUGCUGAGGAGAGGAGAGCUGAGGCUUCCUGGAGCUCCCCCUGCUGGCAAGCAGCCGAGGGUGACUCCUGCCCUCUUGGCACUGUUCUCCCAGCCAAGGAGGUGGCCUUUUCUCUCUUCCAAGUGGGGAGGAGACAUUUUAUUUCUACUCUGUCCCUUCUGCUAGCUCCUCCCACUUCCUGGGAAGACUAAUUCUAGAACUGCUUGACCUUGGCCAGGGAAGGGCUGGAUGUGAAGUUCCACACCUGGAGUGAUGGGUCCUUAAAGUCCCUUCUUGCUGUUCUCUGGCUGGCCCUUGUGACUAGUUCAUGGCCUCAGACACUGUACUGUGGGCACCAUCUCUUGACUCCUGGCCGGCCUUCUCUUCUGGGAAGGGGCUGCUCCAGGUCUUCAUUGGACCCAGAGCUUCCUGGAUCCCAUCAGCAGAGGCGGGACAACGGGGAAGGGCGCCAGAGGCCAGCGGGGUGGGGGAGCACAGAUGCUUCCAGUUGGCUUGGCUCCCCGCACUUGGUCCUGAAGGGGUUAAUGAGGCUUGAACUGAACAGACCGGGCCCUCACUCCCUUCCGCCCCCUCCCCCUUUGGUCCCCUUCCUCUGGACCUCACAUCCUGUGUUUAGGUUCCAGCCCACAUACCUCUCUAAUCUGAGAGGCCUGAGAGGCCUGAGAGCCCGUUGGCUGGAGCUGCCUAGGUUCCUUCCGGCUGCAGCUGGCCACCCCCGGCUCUCCACUCCGACUCUGCCCUGGGUCACUGCCCUCUGGUGUCCUGAUGUUCCUGACCCCACCCCCGCCUGUCCCACAGUGGGGGCUGCUGGGGAACUCUCACUCUGCUGUGCCCCGCCUCCAGGGUGUCUGAGCAUGUGAGAGGUGCACAUCGCCCACCAGCCACCUCCCAACCCCAACCCUUGUGUGCCAAAGAGAGGACUCUGGCUGCCUUCCCUGCUUGGUACCUGAAGUACUGUCUUCUCUACAAGCCUCUUAAUUCAAGUGACUCUAAACUUCUCUUGACUCAGGCUCUAAGGCCCAAAGGAUAGGGCAAGAGACCCUGUCCCCUUCUCUCACCUGCCCUUCCAGAGACAAAAGAACUCCAGGCUGCCAGAGGAUGAGGGAGGAGCAUAUUCGGAUUGAAAAUGGUGAUGGUGUGGCAGAAACACAGGGACUGUCCACUCUGCACAGGCUGUUGGGGUCUCCGUGGGGGCUGAGCACAGGGUGGCAAACACGAGGACACUGAAAAUGACCAACUCAGGAUGGGGGAGCUCUCUAGUAAUCUGAAAACGGGAGAUUCUAGCCCUAGUUGUGGCCGGCGCUGUGUGGGGAAGGGGACAGGCUCCUGUAUAGGGUGACGCUGGAACUCCCUGACUUUAAGAUCACCAAGUCAGGCCAGGCGCGGUGGCUCACGCCUGACUCAUUAACCCCUUCAGGACCAAGUAAUCCCAGCACUUUGGGAGGCUGAGGUGGCGGAUCACGAGGUCAGGAGAUCGAGACCAUCCUGGCUAACACAGUGAAACCCCCGUCUCUACUAAAAAUAUAAAAAAAUUAGCCGGGCAUGGUGGCGGGUGCCUGUAGUCCCAGCUACUCGGGAGAUAGAGGCAGGAGAAUGGCGUGAGCCCGGGCGGUGGAGCUUGCAGUGAGCUGAGAUGGUGCCACUGCACUCCAGCCUGGGCGACAGAGCGAGAC